CCUAUUUUGAAACUAACAAUCAAGUUACAAAAUGCUAAAAUAUCCCUGUCAGUCAUAUUUCACCGUCAUUGAAAUUCAAAAAAUGUUAUCAUCCUCAUAAUCAUACGACCCCAUUUUUUAAACUUAAGUGCAUUUCUUAAAGUUCUGGUAAUACACAAGACAUGCCGCGAAAACAACUUGGUUUGGGUUAAUUAUAGGAAAUAAAAGUACCAUAAUUGCGUAUAUGUUCUAAUAUACAAAGAUAACCAAAGAUUUACUCGUCAGUGUUUAUUUAAGACAAGUGAAAGGCUCACGAUGAAGAUUGAUACUGUUUGAGACACAGAAACGAACGAGAUGCAGUCCCGGUCCGGGAAAGUACUUACUACCCCCCGUAGUGGGGUACAGGGACCAUGACGCGUCAAGGUACAGGAACCCCCAAUAUUCCAUUGGGAUGAAACUACCUUUUGGAAGAAAAGAUUUCGGGCCAGGUCCAAGAUACGAUAUUCAGUGGAUGACACGUUAUGGCAAAGCAAGCCCUCCAGCGUAUUCUAUGAAAUCUAGACCAAGACCUUUCACUUUGUUCCAGGUUCCUGGACCAGGAACCUACAAGCCAGAACAGGCUCCCAGGAUGAAAGAACAGAGACCUCCAGCGUACUCAAUGUCUUACAGAUACCCGCCUUUCAAAAAGUUCCUUACACCAGGUCCAGACAAAUAUGAAGUACCCUCAACCUUAGGUCCCAAGGUUCCUGAUAAAAAUGCCAAUGCCGCAUAUAGCAUGUCAUUCAAGCACAACUUAUCCGAGCUCGAAAGGUCUCCAGGUCCAGCCAAAUACAGCGGUCCCAACAUGGAGUCCUACAAACAGAAACCACCCAAAUAUACCAUAUCCCCCCGCGUGUUUCCCCCAGCAGGCAAAGACAAAGGUCCUGGCCCCAUUUAUCUGCCAAAACUCCCCAAGAAGCCUGGGUAUUCCUUUGGUCUUAGAACUGAUACGGAUCCGUAUAUCACUGCAGAAGACGAGAUGCCUUGCGUUGAAAGGAAGAAGUAAUGCUAAAUUUGUAGUAACUGUAGCUAUAAGAGGAACACUUAAAUUUUUGUCAAAUAUAAUGCCACUGUAUAAUUUCAAAGGGGAAAUAAAGUAUGACUGCUCCAUUUCACAA